AACAGACGUACCUGUAAACAACUCAUAAUAAUCAAUUUAAAACAAUGGCUCUAAUUAAUAAUGAUCGCCUGACUAAGAUUGUGUAAGAGCUAGGUUAUAAUGAAAAACUUUGUACCAAAGCCUCAGUGCAUUUUUCUCGUUGCCGCCAUGGAGCGUGCCCUCAUCUUCUUAAUACUUGUGAGCACAACAGUCGGUCACGUGACGACAAGUCAGGAAACGACCACAGUAGAGGUUAAAGAUAUAGCGAAUCAAUUUGACAAGUAUGAAUUGCCAAAAUCAAAUAUCAACCCGGAAGUGCAACAAACUACGUCGCACAGUGACACGAAAAAUGCACCCACAAAUAGGGAUUUUAGUGAAAAUGUAUAUAACACUGACUCGAUACAACAAAACGGAUUGCGGUUACCAGGGAUCCAAGCAAAUGAAGCUCUGGAAAAUGAGAAGAAUAAUUUGCGCCGGAAAUUAAGUGAGAACGCAAGAUACGACGCGCCAAGCGUUUACUUAGAAGAUGUGAUAUACGCGUUGAAGAGUCAGAAUUGGACGACUGAGGAAAAGCCCUGCCUGAACGCCACUCUACACUUGCUUCGCAGUUUGCAAAACUUCACACUCUGGUCUGUUUGGAACUGGGAUUCCGUGUCAUCUCAACCUCAGGGUUUAUUAUUCGGCAAUCGCUACGAGUUAGGUAACUUCGAUGAAUGUAUGAACACGCCCUGGGCCUCGACACACCCAGAAAUAAGGACCCAAUAUUGUUUGGCUGAGGUCGUAUUGGAAACUGAUAAACCUGUGAAAAGACGAAUCGACAAGCCUCUUGAACCUUACGAGUCUGCUUUGGAUUAUAUCAUGAGGAACAAAUCAAGCAUCCACCGUCCGUUGAACGAGUUGAGCUGGGGUGGUUGCGUGCCAGUGUCAUGCGGGCCGCGCGCCGUUGAGCGGUUGAUGGCGACGCUGCUCGCGCGCAGCCACCUAGGCGUAGCCGGCAUGCGCGCACGCAUCGCCGUUACCGAGCCCUGUCAGAGGCAAGAUCAACCCCGGCAAUUUGACGCGCUCUUCUAUUCAUUUUUGAUUUUUGCUCUCAUUUUGGUGUCUGUGUCGUUGAUAUGCACCUACCUUAACUGCAAGAGGAAACCUGAAAUUCGUAGCCUUAAGAACAAUAUAAUCAAAGCUUUCUGCUUGAAAGAGAAUACGAAGAGCCUUCUACAAAUGAAGAAGGAAGGUGCCGAGGUUCUGUACGGGAUCAGAUUCCUGACGAUAGUGUUCAUAGUGAUGGACCAUCAGGUCGGGAUAUUCAAUGCUGGACCAAUCAUCAACGGAUUACAAGUUGACCAAGCGGCCCUUAGUGUGGCAGGCAUGUUCGUGCUACACGACGACCUCUUCGUAGAUACAUUCUUUGUCCUUUCUGGUUUCCUAGUAGCAAAUGGCUUCGUAAGGAUCAAAGACAAACCUCUGUUCAACCCCAUUCUGCUGGUCAUUAAACGUUAUAUACGGUUGGCAGUAGCAUUUGCGAUAAUGAUAUUCUUCUACGCGGCCUGGUAUCCGUACAUGGGAUCCGGUCCGGUGUGGAACCGCUCUAUAGUUGCCGAGAGCGACCCUUGUAAGAAGAACUGGUGGCUUAGUCUGUUGAUGGUCAGCAAUUACGUUGACAGUGAGAAUAUGUGCAUAGUAACAUCGUGGUACAUCCCUUGCGACUUCCACUUUUUCGUGGUGGCAGUGCUAUUAUUCUGGUUGUACAAGCACUGUCCUCGGCUAGCACUCACUUGCACAGGAGUGCUCACUGUGGGCUCGGUGCUAGCCCCUGGCAUCAUCAACUAUUUGAGGGAGCUGCCUGCCGUACAGCUGUUUACGUAUGAUUUCGUAAAGAACCCUCGUGCCAGCGAGCAGUUCCACGUGGUGUACAUCAAGAGUCACACGCGAGCCACGGCCUACAUCGUCGGCAUCGUCGCUGGAUGCGUCUUCACUCACUACAGGGACACUGGCGACUGGAAGAGGAUCUCUAAGAAGUGGUCGGUGAUAGGAACAGUAGCAGGUUUCUUCACGAUGACAGCGGUAAUGCUGGUGGGCGCGACGUACUUGUGGCGCAGCUAUCAUCCGGUAGAGGGCGCGCUGUACGCGGCUCUCAACCGGCCCAUCUGGGCGUGUGGAGUUAUACUCAUUAUCCUGUGCUGCUGUCUGGGGCGCGUGCCGUACGUGGAAGAGUUCCUGACCUGGUACCCGUGGGUGCCCCUCAGUCGGCUGUCGUAUGGCCUAUACCUGACGCACACCGUCUUAAUCACGCGCAACGUCAUGGUCACCCGGAGUCCACAACAGAACGACUAUCUUAACUUGCUGACGUCAGCAGCCGGGGUGGUGGUACUUGGGUGUGCAGCAGCGCUCAUCAUAUGGCUUUUUGCUGAAGCACCCAUCAAUAAUCUAUUUACUGUGCUUGUCAACUCACGAAUGAAAAGUCUGACGCCGAAAGACGAACCCAAGGAACCUCAGCCCAAGGUUGCCGCAGUCAUCGCAAGACCUGGGCACAGUGGUCAUCUACACUCCAACCUUCCUGUCACCAUUGAAAUAUCUUCCAAAAUGUAGUUUUAUUAUUCAUAGUAUAGAUAGUGAAUAUAUAGUUUUUAUUUUUAUACUAAACUAAACCAAUAUAUUAUCAUAAUAGGCUACUUAAAACACAUAAUAACGGGUUCUUACCGUGUUUAAAGUAGGGAUAUGAGACCCCCGAUAUUUCGACACUGUUGCAAGUGCCCUUAUGUGUUUUAAUUGUGUAUUUUAAUUAUGAUAAUAACCGCGUAAACUUAAAACAAUGUAUAAUAGGCUACUUGACAACCUAGUCAAAUGAGAUAAUUUUACGAAACGUCAAAACGAAAGUUUUCUUUGGAGUUUGUAUGGAAAUUCUGUCAUGUGACGUCAUUAAUAAUUUGUGCCCUAACACCUGCACUAUUAAAGACCUUUACGAAGCCACUGACAAUGCCGUAAGCGUGGCCAAUUAUUGGUCAGCAAAAAUUUAGUAUCGAUCGCCAUCGACUCGCAAAGAAGAAGAUUAAUAAUUUCAAACGUCGCAGCGCACUCAUUGUUAUUUAAUUAAUUCAUGAAUAAAAUUCGAAAAUAAGUCGAAAAGUAAAAUGAGAUUGAUUUUGAUCAUCUUAGACUGUCUUCUAUUUCUAGAUUAGCAUUUAAUAAUUUAUCUUUGACCCAGUCAAAUACCCUAUUAGGGGUCCGUACCUAAAUAGUAAAAAAAAAGGAAACCCUUAUGGUGAGACCAUGUAUGUCUGUCACAAAAACUAAUCUCCGGAACUAUUACAUGAAGUUUGGAAUUGUUUUUUACAGUGAUUGCCUAAGAAUAUUGCAAAAAAAAAAUAGAACAGGGGGUGAAAAAGGGUUAUAUUUUAUUUUAUGACGGUACCUAGAUGAAGUGAGGUAUCAUUAUGAAAUGGCUUUGUUUGCACAUUAUAAAACAUUUUCUUUUUCUUUUAAACCGCAAGCCUCAUUGCUAGGUACCAAUCUUCAAAUUCAAAUUCAAAAUAUCUUUAUUCAGUAGGUGACAUACCUUGUUACACUUUGAAUCGUCAAUUUUUAUAUAACGAACGUCUCAUCCACCUAAAACUACUGCAGCUUCUCUCAACAUGUAUAGCCUGAAUCUCUCCCAGGCAAACUUUGGCACAGUAGUUGAGCCGUUUAUUUUUGGGUGGUGCACUGUUAUGAAGUUUUCUGGACACGGAACUCUCGAGUUUGCGAGUCGGGUUUGCAGUUGCUCGGUUUUUAUUUCUGUUAUGUGUGUCCUUAAUUUCCAAUCAGGAAUAUUCGUUUUGUUUUACAUAAACUGCCUAUAUACGUCCCACUGCCGGGCACAGGCCUCCCCUCAAUCAACCGGAGGGGGUAUGGAGCAUACUCCACCACGCUGCUCCAGUACGGGUUGGUGGAGGUGUUUUUACGGCCAAUAGCCGGGACCAACGGCUUAACGUGCCCUCCGAAGCACGGAAUCAUCUUACUUUUUCGGACAAUCAGGUGACUCAAGCCUGAAAAGUCCUUACCAAACAAAGGACAGUCUCACACAGUGAUUUCGACAAUGUCCCCAUCGGGAAUCGAACCCGGACCUCCAGAUCGUGAGCGUAACGCUCUAACCACUAGACCAAGGAGGCUGGCGUUUUGUUUUAUAUUGUAGUAAUGUAGGUAAUCAAUGAGGGACCUUCCAGGCUACAUUCCCCCAGAAAAUGUAGAUGGCGCUGUUCAGUGUUGCCUUUAUUUAACGUUUUAACUUCAUUGGUACGCUGAGCACACAUGUCAUGGGCUGGGAUCUAGUUCAAAACAUUCUCAUUUUGUACCUAUUUUUAGUGUUGUAAUGCCAACCUGUUUUGUGAGCCAAAUAAAUAAAAUAAAAUUGGUAACAGACAUAUAUUAUGAUCUUUUAUCUUUGUUUUUGGGUAUAAAUAAUGAUCGUUGUUAUUAUACCCAGGCACGACACUUCUUCCACCCAUCAUAUAUUAUGAGCACAUUAAAGAAAUGCAAUAUAGGUAGCAACAUAAUUCUAAACGUGAUCCAAAUAUCAAGCAACAAUUAUUUUAUAUGUGUCUCUGCCACUAAAUUAUUUAAAAUAUAUUUUAAAAGAGAAAAUAGGUAAUUAUUACUUAAAAUUUGUACAGAGCUAUCUAUUAUUUUUUUCGGGGAACGUAACCUGAAAAAUUCCUCAUUAUACUAUAAGCUUCAGUAUAAUGUAUUAUGUAGUUAUUGUACAUAAUUAAUUGUUAUUUUUGUAUAGUUUUAAGGUACAAUCCUUGCUUUAAUUAGUUCUGGGAUGGGAACUAAACAUUGGAGCAUGUAAAAAAAGAGAUGAUUUUCAACAAUGUUGCUAUAAUAACUUGUCGACACUAGAGGAUAUUAAUUGUCGAGUGACAUUUGUCCACGGACACAUGGGGCGAUACGACAAUGUCGCCAGACUUCGCUCGACGAUUACCUCUCUCCAACUAUAUGGCAAAGGAGUUAGGAUGCCGUUAUUAGUAGAGUCAAUGAAGGGUUCCACUUAUUAUUUACUAAGGACAAGUGUUCACAAUUGCAACAUAAAAAUACCUUUAAAAAACAGGUUAUAAAAAAAUUCUUUACUUUUUAAUUAAUUUUAUAUUCAUCGGUUUACCUCUUAUUGUCAGACGUUUUAUUAAUUAAGUCAGAAAACCUUGUGUAAUUAUAUAAAGUGAAUUAUAUAUGCGAAGUGGCAAAACAAUCAGCGUUUUUACUAUGGUCUUCAAGUGGUGAAACUAAUCAAACCACACUCAUUGUGACAACAAGUCCGAUUUUAAAAAUCUCCGAAUUAAAAAAAGUCCGAUCUUAAAAAACUUAUUAUAAGAUUAAUUAUUACCUAAAUGAUAAAAAUGUGUGGUAUUAAAUGUGUUCCUCUAGUUAUUAAAUAACUUGUAAUGUAUUCCCUCAUUGAUUUAAAAGAUGUAUUGCUGUUGCAGUUUCUUGUCAUUUCUUCUCCUCAAUCAUAACACCUUGCGAAAUGACGUACUUAAAUUCAAAAAUGUUACAUUGACCUUCAACAAGGUUAUGCAUGAUAAUUACGUAGAAUAAAUGAUUCUGAUUUCUGAUUACUUUGAUGAUUUUUCUUUUGUAGGGGUAGUUUUUUUAUUACUUAUUUUAAGUUUCUGAUUUUAAAUAAUAUAAAAAAACUGCCUUUAUAUAGGAAAAUAUAAAGCCUUGUCCUUGGAAUAAGAAGUUAGAAAGCUCUUGCUUCAUUGACUUGACUAUCGCCCGAUAUAUCCGCGGACAUAUCUUUUGACAAAAUGUCGAUUAUGUGGACACAGUUUUAGAUAUUUUAUAUUAUUAAUAUAAGAAAAUAAAGAGAUUCAUUUUCCAAUA